GCUCCGAGGGAGGAGGGGGAGCAGACAGACAGGGUGAGGAGGAGGAGGAGCAGGAAGAAGAGGACGACGUUCAGGCAGACUAACAGAGCAGCCUCCCGGUGGAUUACGGAGCUGCUGCAGCCGGAACCCCAAGCAGCGCAGCCGGAGCCAUGGCCGACGAAAGCACCCGAACCACGGCCUGCACCGGCUCCAGCCUCCUGCAGCCGGUCAGCGAGAUGACCAACCUGCCGCUGGACCAGGUCAACUUCGUGGUGUGUCAGCUCUGUGCUCUGAUCUCAGCCUUCUGGUUUCGUCUCUUCCUCCAUCCCAGUAAAACCAGUCCUUUCAUUAGACAUGUGGUGGCAACUGUGCUGGGGCUCUACUUCGCCCUGUUCUGCUUCGGCUGGUAUGCGCUUCACUUCCUGCUUCAGAGCGGACUCACCUACGGCAUCAUGAUCCUGACCGGAGUGGAGCACAUGCACAAGUAUUGCCUCGUGGUGGCUCUCAGCUACCUGAGUCUGUGCCAGAUCACUCGAGUCUACGUCUUUGACUACGGCAUGUACUCUGCUGACUUCACAGGUCCCAUGAUGGUGAUAACUCAGAAGAUCACAAGCCUGGCCUUUGAGAUCCAUGAUGGAAUGGCUAGGAAGGAAGAACAUCUGACCGCAGGACAGAAGAUUUUAGCCAUAAGGCGAAUGCCGAGCCUUCUCGAGUAUUUCAGCUACAAUUGUAACUUCAUGGGGAUUCUGGCCGGUCCAACCUGCUCUUACAACGACUACAUUGCCUUCAUCGAGGGGAAACCGUAUCGCCACCGAGAACAAGAGGCCGACAAGUCCAAGACCAGACUGGGUCAAGGCGAGCCAUCGCCAAACAUGGAGGUGGUUCGUAAAGUGGCCACCUCCUUCUUCUGCCUGCUGGUCUUCCUGUCAGUGUGUAAAGUAUUUCCAGUGGAGCGAAACAUCGAGGACGACUUCAUUGCCAACACGCCGUUCUAUGCUCAGGUGGUCUACCUGUACCUCUCCAUGCUAACCACACGACCCAAGUAUUACUUUGUCUGGACACUCGCUGAUGCCAUCAACAAUGCUGCCGGCUUUGGUUUUAACGGCUAUGACAGUAAUGGCGCACCCCGCUGGGACCUGAUCUCCAACCUGAGGAUACUCAACAUUGAGCUUGCCACUAGUUUCAAAGUUUUUCUUGACAACUGGAACAUUCAGACGGUGCAAUGGCUCAAAAGGGUUUGUUACGAGCGAUGUCCCUACCACCCAACAGCAGCCACGUUCAUCCUGUCCGCCAUGUGGCACGGCGCCUAUCCAGGAUACUACCUAACCUUCCUGACUGGCAUAGUUGUCACUCUGGCGGCCAGAGCGGUGAGACACAAAGUUCGGCCCCACUUCCUGCAUUCUGCGGCCCACAAACUGUUGUAUGAUGUCAUCACGUGGGCAGCCACUCAGAUCGCCAUCUGCUACACGGUGGUGCCUUUUGUCCUGCUGUCUGUGGGCCCGUCCCUAAAGUUUUACAGAUCGUGGUACUUCAGCCUCCACGUCAUAUGCAUCCUCUUGGCUGUAGCGCUGCCGGUCAAACCCAGACAUUUGCGCCUCAAAGAGCAGCAGAAAAGCUGCUCCCAGGAUGCAGGCCUGAAGCCCCUGGAGGCUGCAGAGACCCACAGUCACAAAGAGAAAGCCUCCUGAGGCCGGGGCCAAAAGCAUCUUGUAAAUUUCCAUGGACUUGUGUGGGAGGAUGUGAAGCCGGACGGACCCAGUGAUGCUCCUGCUGGACUAGGUACAGAAAAAAGGCCAAACCUGAUUAAUUUGGAUUCAGUGGGGGAUAAAAGUGAAAGCAGGCUCUGGGUUUCUUUUUUUUUCUUAAAGGAAUCUUGACUGCCAGAAAUGACAGCAAACAGACUCAGAAAAACCUGCCAUGUUUAAGAAUAUAAAUACCUAAUGUGAGUUUACAUGGGAGACCUGCGUGUGAUCAGUGCAAACUGCCUGAACUACCAUGAUUUUAAACCAACUCCCUUUUCUUACUUGUCAGAAACUUGUGGAUUAAGGAGGAAAUAUAUGAUGAUAUGAAGAGAUUUGAAAAGAAAAAGAGGUGAAAAGCUGGAAUACACAAUUUGAUGACAACAGGGGUUGUGUGAAUAAAAGUCAGACUGAUUAAAGGAAAGCUAUUAAAUAUUUUACAGAAGUUAGUUUUGAAAAAAGUGCCAAUGUUUGUUCACUCAGUCACCUUAUUUGUUCUAAAAAAAGAGAAAAGUCUUGAUGUGUUUACAUGUGUAACUUUGGUUUAAAUCUUACUGAUGUGUUUCAUUCCAAAAAAAGAUGUGGUUUGAUAAGCAGAAGAUAAACAGCUUUACAAAACCUUCAGAAAUGAGCAGAAAAUGGUUUUCCUUUAAAGUUUGAUGAUUUUUUACAUAUUUUCCUUUCCAGUUGGUUUUGGGCUUGUAGCUCAGGAUGGUAAUAUUUUAUUCCUUUACAGCUUAUAGUUUGUCACAUCAUUCAGACUCUCAUUAUGUCAUUUAGCUCAGACACUGGAGAGGAAAAGCUGCUUGGCCUUGCAGCCAAUUAUUGUGGAUAAAACGAUAGACAUAAAAGAGUAGAAACUACGGCUCUGUAAAAGACAUAUUGUGAGUGGCAUUUUGAAACACUUGAAAGAUUUUACAGCGACCCUUUUGAACAGCACAUAUAUUUCUGGAGAAACAAAAUAGAUACAGUUUUGUUGUUAUGACAAAAACUAAAUAAUUAAGUGGUCUGUUAUGUUUUAAGAGGUAAAUUAAUGUAGAUCUAAGUGCGUUUGUGUUUCAUAGUGAUUUAGCUUAUUCUGAUUUGCAGAUAUUUUUGCCAGUAAUACUAAAUAAGUGUUUCAUUGUGUGUAAAACAAUUUAAUUUGUAAUUUUGCUGAAUGAAAUAUCAGGAUUUUAUUUUGAACAUUCAGUUUGCACACACAGUUCUAAUAAUUAUCAAGGAGACCGUGCCACUCACAAUAUGGAGGACGCACAGUCUGGUUACCCUUCUAUGUUUUUUGGUCACAAAUGCUGAAGAAAAGUUUAGAGAUUUUGUUUUGUUUUUUGUUUUCAUCACAACCUGACUGAAUUAGAAUAACAUUAGAAAAAUCUUUAUUGACAACAAUACAGUCAGAUUUUUGUAUAAAACAUAAGGAUUUGGCACUGUGGUGAGAUUCUAGGUUGUCUGGCUCCGUCAUGUGAUAGAAUAUGACCUUUAAAGAUAAAACAGAAAAUAUUCCGUAUUGGUUCGGUUUUAAAUCUGAAUUGCAGAAAAUAUAUCAUUUUUGACAGGGCUGUUAAAUCCAACUACAAAGAUGCUACAGCUAGGUGGGUUUUGCUAACUGAAUAAAUUUCCACCUGCAAAACAGAAGAUAUGAGAAAUGAAAUAGUAUUUGACCAUAAAGUAAGUUUGAUGAGACAAAAGUGACAUAAAACAGUAUUAUAGCAGUUGAUUUACAAUAAUCUCACACUGGAAGUAGCGAUAAAAAGCUUGUAGCUUUAAAUAAAUUAGUUUUUCCAUCAAGGCUACAACAGUGUUUCACUUCCUGAAUGCCCAGUUUCUACAUUUGUUUAAGUUUAGAUGAGUGUUGGCUGUGAGUAAAGCUGUAGCCAUGAUUUUUAUAGGUUCUUCUAUGUUCCAUCAAUGUUUUCUUUGGGAGAUUAAAAAAAAACAGCUUAAGGAAAGUUUACCUAACCUUCAUUGUUUUGUUCAAUUUAAAAAAUCAGUAUUGAACUGUUUGCUUUAAUGUUAGCUAGUGGUUUAAUUUAGUUAUAGCUGCUCAUAUUUUGAGUUAUGUACCAAACUGAUCCAUGUGUAAAUUUAAUCACCAAUAUUUUUGUUGUUUAAUUUAUUUAAACACUGAGUGUAGCUGAAAAAUUGUGCUGGAAUAGCUACUUUGUGUUUACUUUUGAGCUUCAAGCUUGCUAAUUGUUAGCUAACUGUACAUCAAGGGAGCUAGCUAAAACUGUGUUCAAAUAAAAACCAACAAAUAUUUGUCCUGCACUCCCUCACCUUAAAAUUUGAUAAAAAAAAAUAAACAGUAAUAAACUGUUCUCUCAUUAAAUGUUCUUGAGUUGAGUUGGUUAUAGUUGUUAGUUUGGCUUUUGAAGACAAAAAUUAGCUGGUUUUCUAACUUCAAACUUUCAAGACAACUGGAGCACAGCAGGAAUCAAACAAGACAUUUAUAUAAAGUUGCUGUAAAUGUUCUCUUCCAUCAAACUUCUGGUUUUAGUUUAUCUAAACAAUUUAAUCUCAUUUUUCCGUCCAAACUACUCUGAGUAUUAACAGUCAGCAGUUCUGCCGAUCAGUAAAAAUCAGUGUUCUCUUUGCCUCUUUUCUUCUAAAACACAGAAAAAUCUGAAUCUUUGUUUUUGUAUUUGUUCUACAGUUGUAUUCCUAGUUUUAGGUUUCUGCCAUAACACCUGGUUGAAAAGAUGUGACUGCUAACGAACAUGUUUAUGUAAAACAGUGAUUAAAAACCAGCCACCUAUCUUUGUAGUUUUGACAUGUUUGUUUUGACUGUUUAUUUUAUUUGGUUUAUUUUGUAAAUUAUGUGAAUAAAUGUUGGA